UUGCUUCCCUUCGGCAUCAUACCUUCUUCAUUCUUCUUCUCCUUUCUCUUCGAAAAAGUCUAUAAAGAAAAAUUAGAGCACCAGAUAUGGCUUUAACUUUCCGUUCUCCUACCUCCUUUCUAUCCGGCGUCGACUCCGGCAAACCCCACAAGGCAGUCGAUACUGAUCUCCCGCCGAUCUCGGUGGCCCUUGGAUCGACCCGAGCGGGUCGGCGAGUUCGGGCUAAGGUUAUCUCCGCUGAGGCGGUGGCGCCGGUGGAGCCGAGGACGGCGGAGAGGUUCCACAGGAACGGCGGGCCGUGUUCUGGCGCGCGUGGACCGGGUUGCGAUAGGCGGGUUCCGGUUUAUGUGAUGCUGCCGUUGGAUACGGUGGGGAUGUGCGGCGGGCUGGCAAGGGCGCGGGCUUUGGGGGCGAGUAUGAUGGCGUUGAGGAGCGCCGGGGUGGAGGGGGUGAUGGUGGAUGUGUGGUGGGGGGUGGUGGAGCGGGCCGGGCCGGGAAGGUAUGAUUGGGAGGCGUAUGGGGAGCUGGUGAGGAUGGCAGAGAGGCAUGGGCUUAAGUUGCAGAUGGUCAUGUCUUUCCAUCAGUGCGGUGGGAAUGUUGGAGACUCCUGCAACGUCCCCUUGCCUCCCUGGGUUAUAGAAGAGAUGAACCAAAAUCCGGAUAUCAUGUACACCGACCAGUCAGGCCGCAGGAACCCAGAGUACAUUUCCCUUGGCUGUGACACACUACCUGUGCUCCGUGGCAGAACACCAAUCCAGGUCUACUCAGAGUACAUGCAGAGUUUCAGAGACAAGUUCAAGGAUUACCUUGGCAAUGUUAUCGAUGAAAUUCAAGUGGGGAUGGGCCCUUGUGGUGAGCUCAGAUACCCUUCCUAUCCUGAGAGCAAUGGCAUAUGGAAGUACCCUGGCAUUGGAGAAUUCCAGUGUUAUGAUAAGUACAUGAUGGCUUCUCUGAAAGCCGCUGCCGCUGCUGCUGGACACGAAGAAUGGGGGAGAAGUGGCCCUCAUGAUACUGGACACUAUAAGCAGUUCCCUGAGGAAACUGGCUUCUUUCGGCGAGAAGGUACAUGGAAUACUGAAUAUGGCAAUUUCUUCCUGGAAUGGUACUCCAACAAGCUGCUGGAGCAUGGAGAUGACAUCCUUGCUGCUGCAGAGGGGAUCUUCCGAGGCUCCGGUGCUAAAUUAUCAGCUAAGGUUGCCGGCAUUCACUGGCAUUUUAAGACCCGCUCGCAUGCCGCAGAGCUUACUGCUGGUUACUACAACACACGACAUCACGAUGGCUAUCUCCCCAUUGCAAGAAUGCUGGCAAAGAGAGGUGCAGUGAUGAACUUCACUUGUAUGGAGAUGAGAGAUGACCAGCAGCCCGGGCACGCAAAUUGCUCCCCGGAGUUGCUGGUUCGACAGGUGAAGGAGGCGGCGAAGGAAGCAUCAGCAGAGCUUGCGGGUGAGAAUGCGCUUGAGAGGUACGAUGAGGCGGCGUUCUCUCAGGUGCUGGCGACCAGCGGGGCUGAUGAGGGGAUUGGAUUAAGCGCAUUCACCUACUUGCGGAUGAACAAGAAACUCUUUGAAGGGGAGAAUUGGCGCCAUUUUGUAGCAUUUGUGAAAGGCAUGACAGAAGGUGGACGGAGUGUCUCACUCCCAAGGAGCGAUUGGGGGCACUCUGAUCUUUAUGUUGGAUCCGUUAUUGGUGAUAGGAAGAACAAGGAUAAAUUUGUUGCGGCAUUGUAAGUGUAUGUUUUGUACUUCUACGUAUAUAUCAACAUAGAAUUGUAAGGUGUUAGGUGUAAUAGCAGAAAUUAAAAAAAAGAGAGGAAAUAUGUCUAAUAAAGAGAUUAUGUCAUGUAUAAUAUAAGAGUGCUAUUAAAGUGUUUCUUUAAGAUACAGAUUUGAACAAUAUAUUUUUACAAGAAAAGCUUCAGAAACA